AUGGUUCAGUACUCAACCAAGGAAUACGAGCUUGGCUGUCAAGCAAGUCCUCUGGAAGAGAUUGAGGAUUUCAGUAAUACAGUGUUACGCAGAAUAAACAUCAGUGGCGUCUUGCCCACUGGACGCGCCGUCAGGUUGUCGACAUCCGAGAAGCGCAAAGGCAAGAAUAUGCCUGGAGCAGCGAUCAGGGAAGAUCGAACCAACUCGCCUUGUAGUAGUUGGCUCCCAUUUUCGCCGUUGGAUUCAAUGUCUGGUUCCCGCGUAUCGCAGCCCGUCGCAGACACUCCAGUCACCAUUAUCCACCAAGCAGACUUAGAUGGUGCUCGCCAAGAGUCUGGAACUUCCGUCUCUCCAGCAUAUACGCAUGACAGGCUAUCGUACUCAUCUCCCACCCACCUCGGAAUACCAUUCGGCCAUUGUGAUGUGGAGACUUCGAACAGUGAUAAUGCCAUGCAGAGUAUUGAGUACACAGAGAAUGUCAAUCCAUGGCGGAUGAGACUGGUUAACGACCACAAGCGGAGGCUGACGCGGAAAUGGGGCAACCCGCCACAGGUUAUCGGUUGUGCAGUUCGAAACUUCAAGCAAGCCGUUACUGCGGCUAUUUCUAUGGGCAUCCACCCUAUCGCACAUGACCACCUGAAGAGAAUCGAGGCUAUCACAACAAGGAAACAACAUCAGAAGUAUGCCAGACGCUCCGAUCAGUCCCGGAACAAGGAUGGUUCAGUAUACAGUGAGGAAGCCGCACCAGAGUUGCAUGUGUCACGUACUCGUCUUACAGGCUCAACAGCGGCUCUAUCAGAGUCCAUGCCAGACCAACUAGCCUCCACUGAGCUACAGAUAACGGCGUCCUUGGCACGGCCAAAGAAGAGGAGGAGGAAUAUAGCUGCGGUAGAGCAUGUUCCAGCCAUGUCCUCUACAGAGAAUUGGAAGACUGCCUUCAAAUCUUGUAGAGAGUCCGCAUUUUACUCGAACGAUGAGACCUCAUCCACUGGCCAGUCGCCAUAUCCUAGUCUUCAGAAAUCGAGAACUCUGGAAUCGCAUCAGCAUCUUCCCCCCAACGCUUAUUUCGAGCCAAUCUCCAGAGAUGAGAAAUUUGUCUGGCGUUGUGCCGUUAAGCACGCAAUGGGUCACUACUACAACGCUGGAGACCGCAAAUCCUGUAGGGGCUGUAACACCGCUCUUAGUGAUAAUGUUCGUGUUGUCUUGAUGGACUUUUACAUGCCGCCGAGGACCUUUUACUUCCAACCCGCGCAAGGUAUGCGCUGGAAACCUUCCAAACGAUUAAGCCAACCUCGUAAAUGGGGAUUCUCUUGCCAUGAUGCGGUUGCGAAAGACGCUUACUGGAAAGCUAUAAAUUCCGGCGCGUCGGAAGAAGAAGCUCAACAAAUAGGUAUUGACGCAGUAGUGGAAUACAUCAAACCGAAGCCGCCUCCAAAAGCACCCACACCCGAACCGACCCCAGACCCAGAGCCCGAUCCUGGUCCCCAUCCAAGCGGUUCGACCACGAUGGAGCAUGGGCAAGACAUUCCUGAUGGUUACUACUGGGAGAAGCGAAAGACAGACGAAGAGCAUGCCUGGCGAUGUGAUGUUAACCACGGUCUUGGGCGUUAUUACCUAGCGGGUGACAAGAAGACUUGUCCAGGCUGUGGAUCCAGUCAGAGAAGCCCUGGCAAGCAUAAAGAAAUGGAUUUUUAUCUCCCAUCGGGGGUCAUUGUGCGACAAGAAGCACCUGGCUUAUCGAAAUAUAAGCCUCGUAAGCCGUACAAGCUGAGCAAAUCUACCGCUACGAAGAGAGGAUUAGUCACUCACAAUCAAAUGUGCAAUAGGGUAUACUUUAGUCUUGUUGACAACGGCUACGAUGCAGAAGAGGCUUUGCGGCUUGCUGUAGAGAGAGUCGACAGUGACCUGGACAAGAAACAGGAGAAUAAGAUGAAGCAACAGGACGAACAAGAUGGGAGUGAAGGCCCAGAGGCAUUGAGAAAGCCGAGUACUUCAAGCAGUGCUCCAAGAAAAGAUUCUGUAAACACAAGUGAAGUCGAUAGAAAAAGAGCCAAAUGUCGUCGCAACUCUCGAGGUGGCUAUACCAUGGCUCUCGUUCCGAAGAAGCGAAGCGCGAACGACCUGAGCGAGGAAGAGACCUAUGGUGUCGCUGUCGAUCAGAAAACUGGGGACACGUCAAGCGAACAAGACCCACGGGAUUCUUUCGAGAUCUCAUCUACGGAAGAAGAAAGCUCCGCCUCGGAGAGUGAGUGA